AUGUCAAGUUCUGAGUUAUUGAAAUUUACAAAGAAAUUAUUGGUUUCACCACCAACUCUGACACCACAAGACCUCUUUGAAGCAAUUAGAAUAAUUUUAUUGAGUUUGGAAAAACUACAAGAUGGGGAUAAUGAUGAUUCUGAAUUGUUGAAGACUUAUGUGCAAAUUGGUAGUUUUCUAACUAGUUUGAGAACUACUGGGUUGGAUCAUAAAGCAGAAUAUAUUGCCGAAGGUGCAAAAGCUGUGUUAACAUUUUCUGAUAAUGUUUUCAUAGAAGCAGAUGAUGUUGAACAACAAGAUAUUGUUUUAGAUAUAGUGGGUACUGGUGGUGAUGGUCAGAAUACGUUUAAUGUAUCUACUUCUGCUGCAAUUGUUGCUUCAGGGAUUCCGGGUUUAAAAAUUUGUAAGCAUGGUGGUAAAGCUUCCACUUCAAAUAGUGGUGCAGGUGAUUUGAUUAAUACUUUGGGUUGUGAUUCUUCAAAAGUUAAUAACAAAACAGUUCCUGUUUUAUGGAAUGAUGACACUAACAAAUUUUUAUUCUUGCUGGCUCCUUACUUCCACAAUGGUAUGAAAUAUAUCGCCCAAAUAAGAAAACUAUUAGGCAUACCAACAAUAUUUAACGUAUUGGGACCACUUUUGCAUCCAGUAAAUUUAGUUCAUAAACGAAUUUUAGGUGUAUACUCUAAGGAAUUAGCUCCAGAGUAUGCUAAAGCUGCAAAGUUGGUUUAUCCAAAUAGUGAAAUUUUUGUUGUUUGGGGACAUGUAGGAUUAGAUGAAGUUUCUCCAAUUGGUAAAACAACUAUCUGGCAUGUUAGACCAACUUCUGAAGAAAUCGAAACCUUUGACAUUGAUCCUUCCAUGUUUGGAUUAAAAGAACAUGCAUUAUCUUCAUGCUCAUCAUACGGUCCAGAAGAAAAUGCAAGAAUUUUAAAAGAAGAUAUCUUAAGUGGUAAAUAUACUUUAGGUGAUGACCACCCAACUUAUGAUUACAUUCUAUUAAACACAGCUGUAUUGUAUUGUUUAAGUCAAGGUAAUAAAAACUGGAUAGAAGGUAUAAAUAUAGCUAAUGAAAGUAUACGUCAGGAAAUUCCUAAAAAAAGUUAA